AUGGCCCAGCAGCGCUUUGCCUCACGCUGUUUUAAAGUUGCAGUGAUCUCCAGAGACGCCAGCAGACUGGACAGACUGCGGACCUUCGUCUCUCCCACCACCCAGCAGAACCUCAUCACUGUGGUGGGAAACGUGGGCUCAGAGGAUGGAGCAGAAGAGGCCAAGCAGGCCCUGCUGGAGCAGGUGGGGAAGGUGACCGACAUCGUUUCUUCUCUGGGCUUCAGCUGGUGGCAGGGCGGCCCCCCCCACACCCAGACCCUCAAAGACCUGCACUGGGUAAUCGAGACGCUGCUGUUCAGCACCUUUGUUUCCUGGAAGGCGUUCUUCCCGUUGGUGAGGGACACCGCCGAGUCCAGCUACACCGUCAUCACAGGAGGAGCUGGAGAGAAGCUGCUGAUGCCAGGGACGGGCUUCCUGACGGUGGGAGCAGCCAGCGCUCUAGCUUUCUGCCAGGUGCUGAGAGAGGAAUACCCCGAGGUGCCCUGCAAACUCAACCAGGUGAAGAUCAACACAGGUGUGGCGACUCCAGAGCGCAUGGCACCUGGCUACCUGAAUCACCUGGACCUGGGCGAGGCCGUGGCAGCGCUGGUGGAAAGAGGAAGCUCCUCCCACACCGUGUUCGCUGUCAGCAGCCCUGCAGACCUAAAGACUGUCCUCCUGGAGGGGAACCUUUAGAGAACCUGCAGCACCUCCUGUUUGCCAGCAUGUUGCAGCAGCUUUGCUUGUUUUAUGGGUUCUGCAUGGGUUCUGUAAUGUCCUGCUUGUUCAAAGAUGAUCAACUCAUACUUUUGCAUGUAUUGUAGUUUUAAAGGUAAAAUAAGAAGACAGUUUUAAAUGUUUCCAUGUGGACAUCCACAGCAAACACACCCUCAGCAUGGUGCAUUUCUGCACAUUAGUGGAAACGUGGAGCUAGAGCAGAGGAACCAACAGCAGAACCAACAUGUUUGAUAAGAAGUUUACCGACACUCUCCACAGGGACAGGCGUCAUUUAUUUAGAGCUUUUAAAAACUAAUUUACACUCAUGAUAAAAUGAUUCUGCUGUAAAGAUAAUAAAAAAACAUUGAAACUGUAGAUUUUCUCACCGGGUCAAACCUUUACAACAGGCUCUCUGAUGCACAGCAGUCCCACUAGUACAAGGUCCACAUUUCACUUUUCUCAUCAGAAGUGGUGGAGCUUGUUGAAAUCUGCUGGUUUCCUGCAGCAACAGCAGCUUUUCAGGGCCAUUGCUGUAGCUAAUGUUGAAGUUCUUCAUCCUCUCUGGAGGAAGUCCUCCUCCUUCAUUACUUCAUCCACUUUGUGUAGCAGCAGUUUCUCUGGCAGCUAAACAGCCCCACAGCGUGCAGCACCAUGUUUAACAGUUGGUCCUCUGAUCUUAGCUGUGAAGGCCUCAUCUUUGCUUCACCAGAGUCUUCUCUGACCUUCAGACCUUUCUCCAGCAGACACUUGGCUUGUCCAUGUGGACGGCUGCAGGUUUCAGUCCAGCUUUGGAGCUGGAACCUUUUCAGCCCGCUGGCUUCACCGUGGAGAGCGGUACCACGCUGGCUCCAGUAUCUGCCAGAUCAUGUCGGUAGAUCCUGGAUUGUUCUUGAUCAUUCUUUUUUAAAUCAUUUUUUCUUGAUAAAAUAAAAAUAAAACAACACAUACAAGCACAAUGCAAUAAUAAAAACCUAUAACCUUCAGAUUGCAAGGCGACUUUACCUACAGAGCCACAGUCGCUCCUAAAACAAACAUUAUGUGAAGAGUUGAGGAUGCAGACAGAAGAAUAAAUGUGUCACUGCACUCAUGAUCACAUAAAUAUAUUCAUUAAAUAAGCCAAGUUACUGUCUGUAUAAUCACAUAGUUAUAAUCCUGUAAAAGUAAUUAUGCCAUUUCUUCCAUUUCAUUUCAGUUAUUCCAGUCACUUUUAAAUCUGUCUAUAAAUAAAUUCAUUGACAAAGUCAUCAACUCCUAAAUAUA